AGUCUGAAUUGUUUUUCUCUAUUAAUAGGCAUAUCUUUUAUGUUGUAACUUUUAGUUGCGUUGUUGGCCAUUUUAAGUCAAAAGAAAUAAGGUGGCAUAUAAGUAUUUUAAAUAGUCAUUUACUGCUAUUGCUUUUAAAUGGUAGCUUUCCCCACCUGUGCUGCCUGACUCUAAACACUGCCCUAAGGAAUGUUUCUUGCAGUGUGCUAAUAAGGAUGUGGCUGUACAGGGAUAUUCAUCAAACUCUUAAAUAAGCUUUAUCCUAACAAUAACAAUAGAAGACCAUAGCUGACAGCUUCCUCACUCUGCUCUUUUGGCCAACUAUUAACUUGUUUGGGUUUCUUGAAUUAAAUCUCCUCCCCAUUCUCUUCAAAGUUGAUGUUGCUUUGCAUAUCCUGUAAUUUUCUUCCUUCAUUAUGCACUUUAUAUUUUUCUCAUUCCAGUCUUUUUGUCCUACAUAUAUCUACUUGUUUUUUACUUUGGAAGCUGCGUGAUGAUAUUAAAGAAGAAAUAUCCAGAUCUUCUAUUGUAACAACACAAUCAAUCAACAAUCAGAAAGUCUUUCUACUUUCUGUACCAAUACAACAUUCCUCUGGUAUUGAGUUGAAUGGUGCAUGCCAAUCCAAUUUUAUUGUCAGUCUUGCACAUUUAAAUUUUCACUCUUGCUUGAUUUGAAUGUGAUUAAAAGCUUGCCAACUGGAUGUAUUCUAUCAGUAUGUUUUUUCCUUCUUUCAUUAUAUUGACAUUUACUUGUCAGAAGUCCAUUAUCCUAACUUUAUUCUAAGUGUAAUCCUAUGCGGCGUUACGCCUGCCAAACCCCAGUGAAAUCACUCAAACCCCAGUGGAGAAACUCUUCUUAGGAUUGCACUGUAAAUGUAUUUUUAUUACCCAUCAGAAACUUCUUCCAUAUGUCUUAUAUCUUACAGCUGGUAAGGAAGAAGCAAUUAUAUGUUUGAAUUUCUCAGUUUUAUAAGUUAGCUGUUUGUAUCAGUAGAGCAUUUUUAUUUAUGAACAGGGAGAGCUACAGAUUUAAAGUACUUGGUUUACUACUACCUGUCCUGGAAGAUCUUCACAUCUUCAGAAGGCAAGCUCCAAGCAGCAGAAUGGAAAUCUAUUUCACUUUUGUGAAAUAUAUCUACUCAAGAAGCAAAUGAAGCAAGUUGUUCAGUUUGUGACUCCUGGGGGAUGAGUUAUCAUUUAGAGACAUUUUUGUUAAAGAAAAAAGGAACCUUUAGAAAGUCAAAGCACAAAACCAAAUAUAAUGCAAUCCUUUUUGUGAAAGGGUUCUGUCUUGUAAUAACCCCCCUCCUUUCCUAUCUUGCUACAAAAAACUGCUUGCAGUUGUAAUAAGAUGAAAGUCCAAAUCAUUUAAUUUCUGCUGGCUUGUAAUGUAGACUAGACCUUUGGAUCCCCCCUCCUCCAUCAUUUUCUAUUAGGAAAGAGAAUCCUGCUGUGGAAGGAAGGAAUGAUCAUCCAUUUGUGCUCUGACAUCCCAGUCCAAGAGCUUCUUUGCUGCAUUUCUGCCCACUCGUCAUUGGCUGCUCUUACUGCUGAUUUUCAGUUUAGCUGAUGUGAACUACUGUUGUAACCACAAACCCAUAGGAUCCUCUUAACAGGCUGGUCCAAUAACGAAAGUGACCAUGUGCAAGGACAAAGAUGGAAACCCCAAGACUUUUGGAUUUGUGUGCUUUAAACAUACUGAAUCAGUGCCUUAUGCCAUAGCUUUGCUGAAUGGGAUUCGUUUAUAUGGAAGACCAAUUAAAGUGAAAUAUCGUUUUGGGAGUUCCCACUGUCCAGAGGUAAACAGUCAUUGCCAGAAUGCGGAAAGCAAUGUUGAUACACAGUUACCAACAUACAGGAAUGUAGAGCUUUAUGGUACCCCUUCAUUACCUGUUAGUCCUUUACAGUUUAACGGUAGUCCACCUCAGGGAUAUUCUGCUUUUCAAAACAUGAUGACUUAUUUCUUAGCACAUCAAUAUAUACCAUAUCAUCCAAUGGAACAACAGUUUCCUUACUAUCAGAUGACACUACCUCCACCACAGUUUCCAAGUUUUCCUUUAUCACCCUACCCAAAUCCUGGACAAACCUCUUUUGAACACGUGUUCCCAGAACCAAAGAACCACACGCUGCAUCUGAUGAAUGAAGAUGUGCCUAAAAGGAAAAGACAGCAUGAAACAAGUGAUAGUGACAGUAGUGUGGAAAGUGACAGAAAAAAACAAAGAAAAAAUGAACAUAUGAAUGUAUAAAGACAUGAGCAUUAUACAGUGGGAUUGACUUCAUAGUCUUGUGCUGUGUAGGAGACCCUCUUUGUAGUUUAAAAAAUGGUAUUGUGAAGAAUAUAAUGUAAUGAUUACAGUAACUGCAGUCAAGGAAAUUUACAAUGAGUCUGAAAUAAAGUAUUAUGAAAGUAGA